ACUUGUCACUUCCGGCUGAUGAUGUUGACAUUUUAAAAUUUUUAAAUAACAUUAAAAAAUGGGAAAAUUGAGUUUACAAAUAAACGCAACACUUGAAGGUCUUGAGGAAUUAUACACUAAUCACCCCGAAUAUAAUUUUCUAAUAAAAGUGAAAUGUACAAGUUGUGGAGAAGAAUCUGAUAAGUGGCAUGAUGUGUCUGAAGCCACAACAUUCCCUGGGAAAACCGGAAAAUCUGAAAACAAUUUUAUAGCCAAAUGCAAACUGUGUGGAAGGGAAAACAGUCUGAAUAUUGUCCCUGGAAGUAACGGGAAAUAUACUAAUGAAGAUGCCGGAAAAUAUAAAACUAUAGUUACUUUUGAUUGUAGAGGAAUCGAACCUACUCAAUUCACUCCUGGAGAUGGUUGGAUAGCUAAAGUUGAAGAAAGUGGGAAAUUGUUUGAAAAUAUUAAUUUAAGCGAAAAAGAAUGGGUAGAAUAUGACGAAAAGAGCAAACAGUCUGUUGGCAUUUACGAAUUUGAGUCUAAGUUUGUCACUACUAAAUAAUUUUGCAGGAAAUAAUAUGUACUGCAAUUGAUUUUUGAAAUUUAUAAUUAUUUUCUUAUUAAAC